UGUACUCCAUAGAUUUGUUAGACGGCUAGCGCUUACUGGCGGAAAUCAAGCGGAGUAGGCGCGAUCUUAGCACAAUCCGAAAUCAUCGGUGCCUUUAUAAAGAUUAUCGAAUCCACCACUGCGCUCCUCAGUUCUUUUAAGUGUUCAUUUUUCUUAGCCAAUGUUUUGGGUGGAAAUCGACGCAGGAUUUAAAUAAUAACGAAGCGAUUAAGUCGUGUUCCCUUGAGAUCCGGGCAAAACUGUCGCUAUCUGUGUGCGUGCGCGCGGAUCAUUUCUCUUUAUCUCAUUAACAGGCACAAUCUGUAGUUAAAAUGGCUUGUGGGGCCACGCUGAAAAGGACUAUGGAUUUUGAUCCUUUGAUGAACCAAGCGUCUCCCAAGAGGAGGAGAUGUGCGCCCAUGUCCCCGUCCUCCUCCAGCGCCUCCCCGCAGAAGUACCUGCGCAUGGAGCCCUCGCCCUUCGGCAGAGUGUCUUCAGCCCUCACCACAGAGCAAAUUUUGUGCAACAUAAAGCAGGAGUACAAGCGCAUGCAGAAGAGAAGACAUCUGGAGAACAGCUUCCAGCAGACAGAUGUUUGUUCCCCCAUCGACUCGCAGCCACACACCUCCAUCAGCAGCACAGCCACACUGCCAGGAGCCUCUGGAUCAGUGUCACCCUCCAGACGGGAGCAACCGUUAUUCACGCUGAAGCAGGUGGGCAUGAUCUGCGAGCGUCUGCUGAAGGAGCGUGAGGAGAAGGUUCGGGAAGAGUAUGACGAGAUCUUGACAACCAAACUUGCAGAACAAUAUGAUGCAUUUGUGAAGUUCACCCAUGACCAGUUGAUGAGGCGAUUUGGGGAGCAGCCUGCCAGCUAUGUGUCCUGAGUGGGCUCGUGCCGUGACUCAUCCUGUUCUUCUGUGGUCGUUGCCAUGCUCCAGUGGAUCUCUUUGCCUGUGUGAGCUCUAGACACACAGAAUAGGUUCAGCUGGGUUCCCCGCAGUGCCAAUCUGCAUCCUUUUCUCACUGGGCACAGAGUAUAUGUCAGGCUUCUGUCAGUGCGUAAACCACUCUCUCAAUCUCUCUCUCUUCAGCAGCCGAGUGCUUCCUGCCAACAAUGACCAUAUGUGGACCUCUGCAAAACUAUUAUUCAAAUCAGUGGCUCUUGUGUCUCUCUUACUGAAACCUGGAUAUUUAUUAGGCUUUACCGUUGCCUUUUAUACAGUCACCUCUUAUUUCAUCCUAGCGUUUUUUUAUGUUUAAUUUCAUUAAAUGCCUUUAUUGACAGCAAAUGAUGUUGAUUGCCAUGAUACAUGUGAUGUUGAGAAAUGGCCAUGUAUCUUCGAGACUGUUUAUAGCUUUGUGUAAAUACAUCCUCUCAUUCAUGUGAAGUUUUCAUGUACAAUCAUAUACAGCAUUUAUUUGGUUUGGAGUCUGUUUUCAUGGUUUGAAUUUAUUUUGGUUUAUUUUUUUCCCUUUUCCCCUCUGCAUUAUAGUUUUACUGCUCCUGUAGUUUAAAUGACUUUCUGUUGGGAAAAGUAUACCAAUAAACUGUU